UGCGGGCACGCACUCUUGUUGAUGCAUCAAGGAACACCUUGAAGUAUCACGGCCUGGAUUAGAAUCGUUGGAGAAGAGCCCCAAUGAUCCUCACUGAGCUGGAAUAUUCCAACCCAGCCACACCAGCAUACCGGACUCCUUGGGUCACUUGAAUGCUCGCUGCAACGCGCGCUCGGUGUUGCUGCGCCCAGGCCCGACCCAACCGCCCAACCAUGUCGGACCUAUUAUCGUUUAGAGUACACGCCCCGGCUUCGAUACAGGUCGCAAACUCCGUCUACUUCUUAGUAUCACGGAUCAUCGAGCACAGCUCGGACGAUCCUCGCCGAGUCCAAAUCCAGCCUCCCAACAUAGCCGGCCUUAGAUGCCGGACUACAUUGUCGCUUGGAUUUCUCGCCCGCCUUGGAUGGUCUGUGGUCCUGUUAGUGUUGUCGUUGCUCUCCGCAUCGCAGAGCCCAGGCCCGACCCAACCACCCUACCAUGUCGGACCCGUUUUCGUCUGGCGUACCACGCCUCGCCCCUCGAAGUCCAGUUCUGGAUACUCCGGCUGUUGGCUGAGACGAAUCCAGAUUCCAAACCCAGCCGUGAACGUUACAGCUGCACCGGACAUCAUUGUCGCUUAGGCUUUAUGCCCUGCUUGGACAAUCUGUGGUCGGUUAGUGUUGUCGCCGCGCU